AGGACAGAGUGAGGCAGAAUUACAGGGCGUCACUGCUCCAGAGCAGUAGCCGGCGACAAAACCCUCUCAUGUCGGUUCCCCGCUGCUCCAAAGAAACAGAAGAAGUUAGCAUCACAACAACAACAACAAACACACUGCUAGCAGCGUUAGCUCGAAGGAGAGCGAAGAGUGUCUUUUUUUUCUGCUGAUUUGGGACAUAUUAACAGGUACGCUGGAAUUUUCUGAUACCCACUCGGACAUGUCCUAUGUCUUCAUCAACGACUCGUCGCAGACCAACGUGCCUCUGCUGCAGGCCUGCAUUGAUGGAGACCUGCCCUUCGCCAAGAGGCUCCUCGAGACAGGAUGUGACCCCAACAUUCGUGACAACCGGGGCCGCACAGGCUUGCACUUAGCCGCUGCCCGGGGUAACGUGGACAUAUGUCGCCUCCUACACAAGUUCGGGGCCGAUCUGUUGGCGACAGAUUAUCAAGGAAAUACAGCGCUGCAUCUGUGUGGGCAUGUGGAUACUAUACAGUUCCUGGUGUCCAAUGGGCUGAAGAUUGAUAUCUGUAACCACAAUGGAUCGACUCCCCUGGUGCUGGCGAAGAGACGCGGCGUCAACAAGGACGCCAUUCGUCUGCUGGAGGGACUGGAGGAGCAGGAGGUGAAAGGCUUCAACAGAGGACCCCACUCCAAACUGGAGACCAUGCAGAUGGCUGAUAGUGAGAGCGCGAUGGAGAGCCACUCCUUACUCAACCCCAACCUGCAGAGCAGUGAGGGCGUCCUGUCCAGCUUCAGGACCACCUGGCAGGAGUUUGUGGAGGACCUGGGCUUCUGGAGGGUCCUGCUGCUGCUUGUGGUGAUCGCCCUCCUCUCCCUGGGCAUCGCCUACUACGUCAGCGGGGUCCUGCCUUUCUCCACCAGCCAGCUGGAGCUGGUGCACUGAGGGGGAAGGCAAGGAUGUAGAGGAGGUAGGGAGGUAGUCAGAUAGUCAAGUGAAGUUCUGCUUUUGGCUGCGUUUAUAAACAAGAGUCUCAGAUUUUUGUUGAUUUGCAGCCCAGAGCUUGUCUUUUUUUUUUUUUUUUGGUUGUUGUUGUCUAAACAGGGAAAAGUCAUAUUGUUAAUAAAAAUGCAUUUUUAAGAAGCCGUAAUCCAAAAGAAGAAAACUCACUUUCAGUUAAAGAAGGUUACUUGAACAAGCAACUCGCAAGUUCCAGAGGUUGUGAGCUGAUUAACAGAAAGACCCGGGACCAAGACCAAGAACAUAUGUAGGUCUUGUUUUAAUACUGUGUAACGUAUCCCCUUUAAAUUGACAUGUCACAGUCUAAUUUGAUCUAAAGUGAGAAAACAUAGUGGUUUAGGUUUCACUUUUUUAAAUUAAAAAAAUACUUAGACACUUGCAAGCUUAAAAAUGCGUGAUUGACAAAAAGACCCAGGCAGUAUCUUCUUCCGAGUCAGUGACCCUUAACGUGUAUUGGUCGUUUCAACAUUGUGAAACAUAUCGCUUACAGGUCAAACUGCUUUAGAAAAUGUAAUGACUCACAGUGAGCAAAUAUGGUGCUUGUUUUGUUGAAUGCAGUUAUUAAAUGGCAUUUCCUUGUGUCCUUCCCUGUUAUAAGCUGUAUAUUGCCAAUGUUUCUAUCUUUUAUUUUCACUGUUUACUUGUUUGUCCAAUCUCUCGGUUGUGUUAUUUAUCAAAUUUCGUCCGUAUUAAUUUCCCCUCAUAUUGUAUGUUUUGUUAAAGUACUGCACCCUCGCUGUCUUUCACGUGGCUCGUUCGUUUAACAAACCCGCAUUUGUCAUUUUAGUGAGUAUCUUAUCCUGUCUGGAAACAGUCUGGUUGUGAUAAGUGAAAGUUGAUUCGCUGACUUUGUGCAGGAAAGUCGUAUCGUCUGCUUACGUAGAUCAGAAAAGCACCUUGACUGUGUGCCUUUUGAGAGAAAGCUUCAUGUUUCCCAACAGUUCAUUGACAUUCCCGCCUGAAGCAUGCAGCUUUGUUGCAUUAAAACCUACCGUAUUGUUGUAAACAUCAUGAAGAUUCACAAUGCUUAUAACCUAGAAGUAUGGCAGCAGAUUAAUGGUUAUUACUUGUUUUGUUGUAUAUUCAUUAACGUCCUUGGAAACCAUGUAGAUCUUAUUUGCUGUAGGUUUUCGACUGUUGAUUUUCUGUAAACGGUGACACAUUUGAAUUAAAUCCUAAUUUAAUGUGGAAAAUGAAUAAAAUCACGUGUAUGAAUGAU